UGCUAAUUUAUUAGUGUCUCCCUUUUCAAGAAUAACUUUCAAAUGUCCAUCUGGCAGUUGCAACAGCGACUUUGGAUCAUUAGAACACAUUCACCAAAACCCUAAAAUACCCCUGGAAUGGAUUUCUGCAAAUAUAUAAACAUCACUGGAGUCCUCUUACAUUUGGGAACUUUACAGUCCUAUUGAUCAAACAGCCAUGAAAAGAAUCCUGUUGUCAUUGCAGUGUCAGUGUAGUCGUGUCCAGCCAGUCUCCUGCAUUACUGUUCCUGCUCUCCCUCUACUCACUGCUGCCAUGUUGUACCCAGCUCUGCUAUGUGCUGCUCUGCUCCUGAUAGCACCCCUGGGGCACACAGAGGGGCGCACCCUGCACCCCUCACCUGAUGCCAUCCAGUUUGUUGAGCAGUUUCUAGAUCGCUACAACGACCUGACCCUGGAUGACCUGGAGAACCUGGUGAGCAGCCAACCAGAGGAGCCCUCCUCGGCUUUCACUUCCGGGGUCAAAGUCGCUGAGUACCCCAAAUGGGCUGACAUACCAGCACAGGGUGACAGCACCUGGCUCCGCCUCCUGAAGGGGACACUGGCCAAUCAGAAAAGAGCUGUGACGGACCGGUCGAGAAGGGGGUGGAACCGAGGAUGCUUCGGACUCAAACUGGACAGGAUCGGGUCAAUGAGUGGACUGGGCUGCUAGUGGAGAGAGAGGAAGAGACUGACGCCCCUCAGGGGAUAUGAGGACGAACACACAGUAGGCUGCUACACAGCACACAGUCAUUUACACACAUGUGGUGAAUACAAGGAUGUUAAUGUGAGUACAAAGGAGGUCUACAUGUAGCGUAGCUGUAGUGUACUUGCUGUAUUGCUAAUGUGGUUCCAUCGAGCUUAAAGAAAGUUACUCUAUAUGUCUCCUGGCUGUUGGAAGGGGUUGGCUGUACUUAUAUUGUACAUCUAUUCAUUUGAAUCUUGAAAGUAUCAGAGUUAUGUUUACAUCAAGCUGUUAUUCUAUUUUAAGUCUCUGAGUGUUGUUUUGACAGUAAAUCUGCACUUUAUUUAAAUCUAGGUAUUUAAAAGUUGUCUUUUUUGACUAAUAUUGUCCGUGUUAAUCCUGCAGGAAUAGUUGUGUUAUGGCAUGAUUCAUGGAAAUAAAUAUUUAAAAAAAUAUAAUUAAAGUCAAGUGUUUCUUCUCUCUGAUAUUGGUUUUACAUUUGGCAUGAAUAAAUGUACACUGAACCACGUUGUAUUGAUUAGACAUUUGGCAUGAAUAAAUGUACACUGAACCACG